AAUACAGAUUUCAUAAUUAACCAAAAGUCAAUGUUUCCUUUCCAUCAAAAUUCACAGUCUCAGAUUAUUUCCGUGUUUGACAUAAUUUUUUGAGUAAAAAAAAGGGACUAAAGGUAUAAUUUCUUAUCAUAGGGUCUAACUGAAUUCAUCUUUGGUAAUCAUAAUGCUAUCAGCAAUCAGCUUAGCACCGAUACAGCGAUACGCAACAAAAUAUAAGAAUCGUAAUUCGGUAAUUACGAAUUCGGAAGCAAGGCAAGCAAACACAUGCAACUCACUACUCAGUAGUCACUGUUUACCGUUUGAUAUUCGUACGUUUUAAUUUAAAAUAAACAACAUUUUAUUAUUUCAAACAAACUUUGUUCUUUACCAUUUAAUUUAAAAUAUUUAAGUUAUUGGUAAGGAACCUACAUAUCACUUAAUUAAAAUUUUUUUUUUAGAAAUUGUUUGUAGAUAGAGUAAAUUAAUAAUAAUACAUAGUUGAUUUGGGGUUACAUCAAUAUAUAAAUAAUGAGGUAUGCUCAAUUAGUGAUGGGACCAGCUGGAAGCGGAAAGUCCACAUAUUGUUCUGCUGUAGCAGAACAUAUUGAAAAUGAAAAAAAUUCAGUGAUGGUAGUUAAUUUGGAUCCAGCAGCUGAACGUUUCAAGUAUAGUCCAACUGUUGAUAUACGUGAAUUGAUUCAUGUUGAUGAUGCUAUGGAUGAUGAAAUACUACAUUUUGGGCCCAAUGGAGGAUUGGUAUUUUGUAUGGAAUAUUUAAUAGAAAAUGAAGAUUGGCUUAGAGAACAGUUGGGUGAAGAUGAUGAUGACUAUAUUCUGUUUGAUUUGCCUGGACAAAUAGAAUUAUACACCCAUAUGAAAACUGUUAAACAAUUAGCAGACUUACUUCAAAACUGGGGAUUCAAUGUGUGUUCAGUUAUGCUAAUAGAUUCUCAGUUUAUGGUAGAUGGACCGAAGUUUAUCUCUGGAACAAUGGCUGCUUUAUCGGUUAUGAUAAAUUUAGAACUACCUCAUGUUAAUGUUCUUUCAAAAAUGGACUUACUUAGUAAAACAGCUAGAAAACAUUUGGACAAUUAUUUAGAGCCAGAUGCUCGAGCAUUGCUAUCUGAUGUAAAAAGUCAUACAAGCUGGGGAAAGAAAUAUCGGCAUUUAUCUAAACGCAUUGGUCAAAUGAUUGAAGACUAUAGUCUUGUUCAAUUUGUACCAUUAAAUAUAAAAGAUGAAGAGAGUAUAUCUGGUUUACUAUAUACUAUUAACACAAUGAUUCAAUAUGGUGAAGAUCAAGAUGUUCGAAUGGCUGAUUUUGAUCAACAAGAUUCAGAUGAUAAUGCAGGAGGUGUUGAAGAAUUUGAUUAAAAUUUAAAGUAGGCCACACUUAAAUGAUACAAUUUUGUAUAAUUAAAUAUGGGUAAUAUUUUGUUUGACAUUAUUAUUAAUUAUGAAGACUGUGUUAUUACUUACCUAUUAUAAUUAGUGUUGUACAUAGAUUAAUUAAAAAAAUGAAAAAAAAGAAAAAUGUGUAACCAUACAAUAAAAUAUGUGCUCUUUUUAAAUGUAAUUGCUAUUGUUAUUAAUGAAAUACUAUAUUGUUAAACUAGUUA